AUGGUGCAUCCCGCGACGAUUGCCCCUGCCGCCGCAGCAGCUCGCGCCAUGCCGCCGCGGGCUCGCCUACGCUCCUCCGGCUCCUUCCACGCCGGCGCCCCGAUCCCCUCAUUGUCGCCCUAUGACAUGGGCGAGACGAAUACCUCAGGCACUCCAAGACGUUCGAGCGUAGCGGCCGGACGCCGCUCAUCCUCACAUCGAUACCACACAUUCCCCACGCCGCCCCCGAAGACUCCCAACGGCAUCUCCGACCCCUCAUUCGCUCAACAAUCGUCUCCUGCGAACUCUGAUGGCGAUGACGACGCGUCUCUCUCGGACUCGGAAGAUGACCACGCGGGCCAAAGAGGCGAGGCAACACCACUGCCGAUAAAGCAGCUCGGUUUGCUGGCCCUCCUCAGCCUGUGCGAACAGACUGCCCUCAAUUCCAUUGGCCCCUAUCUGCCCGCCAUGGUCGCAUCGUUCGACGAGAUCCCUCCGACGCAGGCCGGUCUAUACGUCGGUCUGCUCGCCUCCGCGUUCGCCCUUGCCCAGCUGGCAACCAAUCUGCUCUGGGGUUACCUCUCCGACACUAUCGGGCGGAAACCAGUCAUGCUCCUCGGCACCUCCCUGCUGAUGGUAUGCUUCGCCUUCUUUGGCUUCUGUACCACGUAUUGGCAGCUCCUGCUUGUCCAUAUCGGCAUGGGGCUUCUGAACGGCAACGCAGCUGUGGUGCCGACCGUUCUUGGCGAAGUCACGGACCGGACUAACCAGAGCCGCGCUUUCACCUGGCUACCCGUCAUGUACUCCAUUGGCGGCAUUACCGGGCCCGCGCUUGGUGGCCUCCUCGUUGGUAAUGAGGAUAGAGCAUAUCCCUUCCUCGCACCCAAUAUCAUGUCUGCCGCUCUUCUGCUGGCUGCAGUCGUUGUUUUGGGGAUUUGGUUUGACGAGACGCUUGAGGGCAUCGACACGGCAUCAGGGGGGGUUUCGGCCUGGGGACCCUUUACCCAAUAUUUGCCUCUGCUCCACCGCCUGCCGGGCGAGAUCUUGGACCUAGCACUAUCGGUGUGA